UUUUCAUGGCGGACCUUCAGUUUUCUCGAAAGUGGUCGAGCACGAGCGCGCCUCACGCCGGCGAACGGACGGACGGACAACAAACACGAGCACGCGGAGUACGCACGUCACCGAGUACACGGUCACUGACAGACGGCCACGCUGGGAUUGGGACCCAUCCGAUUGGAUCGGAGUGGUGAUCGUUCGACGGCAUUCGAACGGAACGAUUGAUUACCGUCUCGAAAGUGAACGGAGUGUCUAACGAACUUUCACGAUGGCGAAACUUUUGCGGGAGUUAUAUGAUAAUUACCGAGACCUGAUGGACAAUCAGAGUGACCAAAGGGUGAAAGACUGGCCAUUGUUAAGCAGCCCUUUCCCCACUCUAGCCAUUGUCCUCUCUUACGUGUACUUCGUGAAGGUGUGGGGUCCGAAAUGGAUGGAGAAUCGCAAACCUUUCGACCUCAGGAGGGUCAUAAUAGUCUACAAUUUAGUGCAAGUGAUAUUCUCUAUAUGGAUAUUCAAAGAGGCGAUUGUAAGCGGAUGGGGAGGCCAGUAUUCGUUCCGCUGCCAACCGAUAGACUACUCGAACGACCCGAUGGCAGUGCGAAUGGCCGAAGCCUGUUGGUGGUAUUACUUCGCGAAAUUCACUGAACUCUUGGACACGAUCUUCUUCGUCUUGAGAAAGAAGAACAAUCAAAUCUCCACGUUGCACGUGAUCCACCACGGAUGCAUGCCGAUGUCCGUCUGGUUCGGCGUCAAGUUCACUCCAGGUGGUCAUUCAACCUUCUUCGGUAUGCUGAACACGUUUGUGCACAUCGUGAUGUACACGUACUACCUGCUGGCCGCGCUGGGCCCGAAGGUGCAACCGUACCUGUGGUGGAAGAGGUACCUGACGCUACUGCAGAUAGUCCAGUUCGUGCUGAUGCUGAUCCACACGUUCCAGCUGUUGUUCAUCGAAUGCGACUACCCGAGAUCGUUCGUCUGGUUCAUCGGGAUGCACGCGGCCAUGUUCUUGUUCCUGUUCAGCCAAUUCUACAAGCAAACGUACACGAAGAAGCAGAUCAAAGCGGAGGCGCUGAAGAAGAAGAACGACGAGGAGGCCAGAGAGCAGAAGGAAUCGACGACGCGCGCCGAGACGAACGAGAACGGCGCGAUCUACGCGAACCAGUACAAAAUGGCGACCGGUUACAUAUCGGACAGCGGGCUGAGGAACCGUGUGUUCAUCGACAACCGAGGCUUCAAGAAGUAGUUCCCGAUCCACGCCGACGAUCAACGGUACGCUCGGAUGACACUCGAGCAGCGAUCAACGAUUUAAACCGAUUAAAUCCCGUCGAUCCGGGCGCCUUUGAUCUCUGUUCAACUUGCUCGGGAAAAGAAGAGCGCACGCUUCCUGUAUACAUACGUAACUCGAGGAACAUUCGUGAUCCUUGCUCGAUCAUCUCCAAUCGCUGGCGGCCUACUUGACCGUAUCGUCAACUGUGAAUGCUUCCGUUGAAUCUUGCGUUGUCGUGUAAAUAUUACGGGUAGAUGAUGUAAACCGGGUCUAAAGGAAGCGUUCUUCGUGCGGACUUCAACGUGUGCGUGCCCUAUGCAAGUUUCCAUUCUCGACCGACCGUUGGUUCAGUUAAAGUCUUUUUGUUGGUCCUGCGUGCGGGACACUGCGUGUUCGUGUGCAAGUGUGUAUGAGUAUGUUUAUGUUUGCGCGCAAGUGUGCAUGUGUGUGUGUGUGAAAUGGAUGUUAGUUCCAUAAGAUAUCAGAUGAAUUUCUUUGUUAUUGGUUUGGUAUCGUUUGACAGAAGUUUCAGUACUAGAAGUUGAUACCGUGUGCCUAAUGUUUUGAUACAGUGGAACCUCGUUUGUUAGGCGCUGAUGAUCUCUAGUAUACGCUCUAGAAACUGUUGCUGUUAGUA